UUUUACACGCAUACCGAUGCACCCAAUCGCACUCAAACAUACACACAUGUGCAGCUAUUUAUGCAGUUGCGCUUUCUAAAUCAAAUUUGGGUUAAACUGGCGGCUACGUUGACAAAGUUCAAGUCGCAUGUGGGCAGCAUUACUUGGCCAGUAGUUACCGUUGUCUUUCAAAGUGGCCGAUUGCCAUAAUUGGCAACAUCGCCAAUGUUAUUGUUACGGUAAUUAAUCAAGUCUCAAAACGCACACACACAUAUACGCGCUCCCAUUGCAAACAGCUGUGCGUGGUACGGCAAUAAUAUUGAAGGAAAAAAACUGGCUAUGCUAAUAUGGCAAGAAUCUCGCAUUAUACGCAAACAUUAUUAUAUAAAUCCAAGCUACUUCCUGCCCAGCCAGCGAAAGUCAAUCAAGCAAUACACAAAUAAACUAUUUGGGCACAAUUAAAUAAACAAUUACCACCGAACUAAAGACCAGGAUCAAAAAUCGAUUAGGCGAUUUAAUUUGAGCGAAAUGUUGUCAUGCUGAGCUAAUCUUAAUGAUUUUCCAAAGUGGAAUGCCAAAAUUCCAAAUAUUGCUAGAAAUUCGAUCAACAAAGUUCAUGCUUAAUAGUCAUACAUAUUUUAAAUACUUUGAAUAAUAUAUACAAAAUAGUCUUUUAGCGAUAACAAUAGUAGAAGUGGAAGAACGAAAAUUACAUUUUACUGGCAUUUAUCCAGUAAGUUAAAAAAUUAGCUAAAUACUAACCUAACGGUAAAAUAUCAAAUAGUGUGUUGAACACAUCCAGUGUUUUUGCAUAGCGUCCUUUGGAUCUUUACAAACACUGAAUAAAUGGUAAACUCGCGGAGAUUGCUAGUAAUGUGGACGGAAUUUAACUAUUGAGUUCAUUUUCUCAAAUAAAUUUGUAAUUUUACUAGUUUCUUGAAAACUUUGCGAUGCGAAUCUUUGACAAUUUCAAAUCCCAUGAGCAGGGCAGCCGCCUGAGCGUAAACCUCAAAAAGCACGUGAAUCCACAGUCGCCGCUUGCCGAUCUGCGAAAUAAUCUGAAUGAGAAAAGUAAAAUUCGAGAAUAUGCACAAAAGCUGAUUGGAAAUGAGCAACAAAUGGGAUUCAUGCUGGACACGAUCUCUUCCACCGAAGAGGACCACCGCGUUGCCACUGUGACCGGAUGGUCCACGGUGUACAUCGCCAACUGCGCCGGCGUUUCCAAUUCUUCCAUUUUUGUGGCGCUCAAGUGGGUGAUGAUGCCCAUUAAGGUGACGAUAUUCAACUUCAAGCGAAGUGGACCGGAAGAUAAUAUGGCACGUGGACAAUUUCUGGUGGACAACCUGUUAAGCGCAAAUCGCCUAAAACGCUUGCAAGAUGAAGUAGCAGUUAUAAACACGUGCCAGAAAAUCGAGGUGCGUGUUACACCCGGUCUGCCCAAAUCGGUGAUGGGUACCCAGAUAACAGAGGAAUUUACAACUGCCGUGGAGGUGGCCCUUAGAUCACGCUACGAGGUGGCUUCACGCACCUUAGAUCUCUCCAGGUUCCACGCCAGUCCGGAGUUGGCUGUGCACUUUUGUCCGCUGCAUGUGGUCAAGCUGCUGGAAACCGUUCUAGUUCUAUCAAGCCAGAUAUUUCCCCAUGUGACCGGCAUAGUACUGAGCAACAAUUAUUUGUGCUCCCUGAAAGCCUUUGCUGGAAAUUCCCAACGUUUUGCCAGCCUAGAGCGAUUGGACAUAAGCGCAAACAGGAUUCAAGAUUUGGGAGAACUCAAUUACAUCAACAAGUUGAGUUGCAAGACGAUCUUUUUGGCAGGAAAUGGUUUGGCCAAGCAAUGCGUGGACGUCAUUCGAAAAAUGCUACCCCAGUUGAAAAAUGUUCAUGGUUGCGUGCAGUUGGGGGAAAGUACAGAAGCUGUUGAUAAUCUUCCGAAGUUUCAACAACUUCAAGGCGGUGGAACUAAUGGUUUAGAGUUUUGCCAACGCUUCAUAAGCUUAUACUACACUAUCUUUGACGAUACCGAAAAGCGUUUCAAACUUAAGAAGUACUACGACGACCAAGCCAUGUUCUCGCUUAGCGUGCCGGUACAACUAAAUUAUGUCUACGGCUACAAGCUGUACAACAGAAACCAAAAGCACCAGCACUCCUCGUUUGCGCAAAACGCCAAGCUGCAAGUGGGUAGCGCUGAGCUACUUCUCGCUUUAAGCCGCUUACCUUUGAUGCUUACAGACUUACAGAAUGUCGGGCUAGACAUCCAGGUGUUCACUUCGAGUCUACGCAUCUUUACGUUGACGGGAUACUUUAAGGAGACAUCAUCGGAUACUCUGAAACCACGACGUUUUCAGCGGACAUUUGUAUUGCAGACUCUCAACAGGCCAGGCUGGUUGAUAACCAACGACAUGCUGUGCAUAACUUCGACUAUGCCGGAGCCGAAAGAAACAAUUAUAUUUAAACCACAAACUAAUUUGAUAAAUACCGACCCGUCGGUAAAAAAAAUAAAUAAACCUGCAGCGACAGCUGUGAAGACAUUGCACAUCAAAACUAAGGCUAAAAAGAAAGUCCAAAUUUCUAGCCCCCUUUUAGGUGAAGAGCUGAAUCCUCUUAAUCAGAAAAUAAGCCUUUCAGAUUCCCAGAUGGACCAUCUUCCCAGUGAGAACUUCAACGAUAUGCCACCACUAGUACCCAUUGGUCCAUUGACUACCAGCCGAAAUUCUUUGGACGAGGAAAUGGAGGAUAUUUUACUGGCCGAUGAGAAUAGCUUUGAACUGGACAUUGAUGGGGACAUAAUAUUGGGAUGCAAUGACCUUUAAAUAUGAACAAAAGAAAAAUGAAACAAAUCAAACAAAUAGCUUUAAGAAACCUUGCACCUAUUGGUUAAGACAUCAUACAUUACUAUUCAUUACUUUAACGAGUGCAGAACUCAAGGAUCUAAUUUAUUAUUAAACUUUUAUAUUUCA